CGGCCCGAUGUUCGCAUGCGUCCCGAUCCGACGCGCGUCCGAUCCGAUGUCUCGGUUCGGUGCUGAUUUCUGUCCUCCUUCCCUCCCAGGUUCGCAAGGUGAUUCCCAACCUCGUCUGCUACAAAUGCGCCAUGACCGCCUACCAGGCGACAAUGAACUGGCAGGGCGCCACCAAGCUGCUUGCGGAAAUGAAGGAGAACAGAGUGCGGCCCGACGUGGCGAGCUACCUCAGCGCGCUGCUCUCCUGCAACAAGAAGAGGGACGGCGAGGUGUGCCUGACCAUCAUGAAAGCCAUGCGCGCGGAUGGCGUGGUGCCAGACCAGGAGUGCUACCUGGCCGCGAUCAAAGCGUGCGGUGGAUCCAACCUUUAUGAGGAGGGCGUGAAGCUCUCCUACCAGAUGCUGGAUGAUGGCCUGAGGCUUGACCAGGAGACCCUGGUCUACAUCUUCCGCCUGCUCCACCUCUCCGAGAGUCCGGAGCAGGCCCUGGACUUCUUGGAACGAGCAGAGGCUGCCAAGGGCUCCGAGCUGACGGAUCUCCACUACGACAUGGUAAUCAACGCGUGCGAGCGGGCUGGGGAAUGGCAGCAGGUCGUAGGCGUGGCCGCCCGAAUGGGCGCGCGCGGCAUCAACCCGCACGAAAUCUCGUGCAACAGCGUGCUCAAGGCGUGCGUGAACAUCGGCGAGUGGCAGGUGGCUAGGAACCUGCUCAGCAGCAUGGAGGGCAGCGGUACCGCCCUGGACUGCAGGGCCUACGCGACCGUGCUGCAGGGCUGCACUGCCGCGGAGCAGUGGGACCAGGCGAUCGACCUGUUCGAACACGUCAGGGAGAGCUCGCCAUCGCUCGUCUGCAGGGACGUUAUCAUGCCUGCCAUCGCAGCGCUGGUCGAGGCGGGCCGUCCCGACGACGCGGAGGCUCUGUACAGGGAGUCGGUGCAGUCGGGCCACUUCCAGCUCUGGCGUCGCGCGCGCCUGGGCGGCGGCCCGGCGCUCCUGGACGCGAAGGCCCUGCUGCCGCAGGUCGCGGGCGUCGCCGUGCGCGCCGCCAUUAAGGA